AUGGCUGGGUUUGGGAGAGCAUUGGUGGAGGUCAUCAGCGAAGACGCGCUGGUUCGAAUUUGCUGCUUUCUUCCUGCGCGGCCAUUGCUGGACAUGGGUGCGACCUGUGUCGAGCUACACCAGCGCGUGGAGCAUUCGGUUGACUUAUGGAAGGCACUUUGUCAGUUCCUGCUGGGGGAGACGUCCUUACUCCUUCACGAGGGCAGCUGGGCGUCGUCCGCGCAGUUGACCUCAAUAGGUGACAAGGCUCGCUUCUAUCAGCGUCUUUUCCGAGCUGCCUGGAGAUGCGAGGACUUCUGCUACGACCACACGCUUCGUCGAAGCUUCCUGCGCUCCCUCUCCGAGCCCGACGCGGCCCCCACCACAGAAGCCAAGGACUUACUUGGCCUGUCCGGGCACACCUCCGAAACAUUGGGGCCGCUGGUGAUCCAGAUUGGUGGCAUGAAAAACAUGGUCGCCGCGGACGAGCUCAUCAACGUCACUGUCCUCAAUGUUCGGACGAACACCAUCAGCCGUCCCAGCCUGAAGGAGGACUCCUUGAAACCACUCCAGCGCAUGCGACACGCCACCUGUGUGGUCAAGCCCAAGCACUUGCCCGCAUCGGCCUUCGCGAGCGCCGUCCUGGUCUUAGGCGGGCAUGAUGCGAACACCAGAACUGCAAGGCUCGGGAGGCCGCGCCCAGCUCUGCAAAGACUUGUCUUCCUCCAGGUAACGGAGGAAGAGGGAACGCAAAUUCGCUGGUGCGAGAUGCAAGCCUUCGGGACGAUCCCCGAGUACAUGUACAACUUGACCUGCGCUUCCUUCUGUGGAGGGCAGAAGGUUGUGGUAUUUGGAGGCGACGUUCCCACAUCGGAUGACGAAUACGAACGGAUCCAAGAUAGGACCUGCUGCAACUUCGUGUACGUUUUAGAUCUCAGGAGUUGCACCUGGGAGGCGACCAGAACCCGGGGACCGGCGCCAGACUGGCGCUCCUUCCACGCUUCCGUUUGCCACACCUCGCUGCUGGAUGGGAAAGACUACCUGGUGACCUUUGGGGGCACAAACGAACACUGUGAGCCACUGUCAGGAGGUAAUCUGGCAGACAUGCGCGGCUACCAGCUGGACCUGACAACCUUCCAGUGGCGCGAGGGUCCCAGCAGCCAUUUGCCUGCUCCGCGGCUUCGCUUCGGCGUGGCGCGUUGGGGCCGACACCUGGUCAUCCAUGGAGGACAUGGUAGUGUGCUGAGCCGAAAGGGCUACGUGGCGCGCCUGAACCUCCACACCUUGGAAUGGGACGAGAUGAACUUCUCCAACCAGCCACCUGAGCUGCCGCACUCUGCCUUCGAAACUGGAUCUCCACAGGCUGGCAUUGUCGUGGGAGGGGCCCAGCAGACGCCCCGUGGCCCACGGAUACUGCAACGCCUCGUGGUGUUCCGCUUGCGCGAUGUCGAGAUCCCGGACGACGGGCAGCUCGCAGAUGGGGCUCAGCCAUCGGCUGACGAAGGUAGUGAUGAAGGCGAGGGGUUUCAGGUCCAGGUGCACUUGCGCAACUCCGAGGGCAGCCACCGUGUGGUGUCAAUGCCAGCUGCGCUUCUGCACAUGCUUCAACGCGAGUCCGGAACAGCCGAAGGUUUGGUCCGCUUGCUCCAGGCGGUGUUCGAAGAGCGUUUGGAGGACCAUCACAGAUCCAUCCGAGAAGUUGAAGCACAAAAUGAAGAUCAAGGUGAACCGCAAGACGCCGCUCAAUACCCAGAUUGA